GGAUACGAUUGCCCAACCUGGAUUCUCUAGGCAAGCGUUAGCCACAAAACCCAAACGACAGAAACUUCUGGAUAAAACGAUUGGAUCACAGAUAUCGAUUUCAUUUUCAUUUUGUUUUUACGUGUUUAGUUACUGCCCAAAAUAGAAAUCUGAAAAGACGUGGGAAUCUUUUUAUUUUGAGGUCCAGUAUAGAUUACUUGGAUAAGUCUAUGAGCCGCCCACUCGAAGAGAGAGAUUAGAGUUAGGAAGCUUGGAUUCUGAACUGGGUUUCUCUUGAAAAUAAAAGAAAUUAUGGCUGAGCUUUGUUUGAUAGCUUCUCAUGGUUACCCUCCAGGGCUUCUUUAUCAUCAAGAACAGGGCAUGGCCAGGGUCAUCAAGGAUUGCCAACUUUAUUUGCUCCAUCAAGGGGCCAGACAAGAGAUAACAAGACCCAAUUGCCUUAAUCUGAGGUCACAUCAAUCUGAGGAGCCAUGGAAGGCUAUGAAUGGGUUGUGUGAGUCUAAACAGUUUGUCAAGAUUGAAUCUACAGUUAGAAGGCCUGGGCUCAUUGAUGUGCAAGACCCCAGGCCAGACUUGAUACUCCUCAGCUCUGGAAUAGCAGAGCAGUGCGCAAGGCAUGAAAAAAUCAUGCGGUUUCUCAAGUCCAGAUCAAGUGAGGCUGAAGGAGGUGUUUUAGAUUUGUCUUUACUCUCUGACUUGAUGGGGCUUCGACCAUUGAUGUUUGAUGCAUGCCGACAUCCUUCAUCUCCUUCUCUCAUUUACCCAACUAAUGAAUUAUUAGAACAAAAGCAUCUCAUGGACUUUAUGGGAGAUAUGGCCUGCAGUUCAAACAUUACCAUUCAUCCUGAUGGUAGAAUCUUAUUCAAUGGUAGUGGGACUGAAAUGAGUGACUUGCUUUCCAUUGUUGCUGAGUUUUACUUACCAAGAAAUUCAACUAAAUGGACAAAGCAGUCAUUACUGAUUCCGCAUUUUGACAGGCUGGAGAGCAGUGAAGCUCAGGUUAAUAAAUCUGCUUUGAAGACUGAAGCUGUGACUGUUGCACCUUUGAAGAGUCCUGAGAAAAUCAAAGUCAAGCCCAAGAAGAAGAACAGUAGGAAGAUGGGUAAGGAGAGGGAUCUUUAUAGAAGGAGCUACUUCCAUGCAUAUGAGAGCCUCCUAUCCUUGGUGAUGAACAAAAGACAAAAUGGGAAAACAGCUAUUCUUUCACUAAAGAAAUCUGGUCCUGAACUUCCUGAGCUCUUAACUCAGUUUUCUGCUGGCAUAGCUGGGACCGGCCUUGCUGUUUUUUUCUUUGUAAUCUGCAAAGUAGCUUGUGGGAGGGUUCCGUUCUGUGCAUCUAAACUGUUAAAUACUGGCCUUGCAUUUGGGCUGGUUUGGCUCUCAUGGGCAGUAAAUAGACUGAGGGACACUGUUAUCUUUAUCCGUAAGAAUGCAAGCAAAAUGGAAUUGAAGGACGAGGAGAUUAUGAGGAGAGUAGAGAAAAGUGUAAAUGAGAUAUACUUCAGAGCUGCAACUUUGAUGGCAGUGAUUGUGCUGAGGCUUGCAUGAACAUUGAGAAGCUUAAAUGAACCUCAAUGGAAAUGGGAAGGUUAACUAAGUAUCCCGAUUUGGUGGAAAGCGUAAGUGUAAAUGUUUUUAGUUGAGUGAUGAUAAGAACUGGUGGAACGGUCGGGGCAUUGGGUGAUUUUGAAGCAAAGAUGGUGGAGUCAUGAAACAUAAGUAUGAGCAGCUGAAAAAUUUUGAUUCCAAGCAAUCGCUGUCUAAAGAUGACUUUAGCUCAAGGGUAAGUUCAAUCAGAUCAUCACUCACCUAUAGAUGGGUGGUUGCUGAAUGAUAACCAGGCUGUAAAUUUUAUAGAAGGGUUAUGUGCUGUAACGGUUAAGAUCGUGUUUUAUAUAUAUAUAUAUAUAUACACACACACACACACACGGUACAAUUCUGCGAUUUUAAACUUUUUUUUUGGUAGAAUUAUGUAUCAAUGUAUAGAAUUAUGUAUUAAUAAUUUGGUAGAAACUCAGUUUUUAUUAAGGACA